AUGGCCGGGGAUUGGCAAAACAGCUCUCAGGAUGCUGAGAUUGUCCUUAUGGACGGCCAUACCUUUUUGAAAGCGAAGUGUGAAAGCCAACGGGGGAACCUGGAAGACAGUCAUCUUGACCUUGAUGAUCAUAUUGGAGAUGUCAAUAACAAAUUUUCGUGGUCAGGAAGCGGAUUCACCCACGAUGCACUUCGAGACAGUAUCAAAUUCAACUUUACAGAGGGAGCAGCUCAUCAGCCAAUCCUCCGUGCUAGAUUUGGUCAUAAUGCGCCUGAGGCUGAUAUCAAUACUGCCGAACACAUCAGAAACAAUAAUGGCCGUCUGGAAUUUGAUUUACAGUGA